AUGAAGUUCGCUUCCGUCUCACUCCUUGCGCUGGGCGCUCUUCUUCCCGGGUUCGGCAGUGCCCAGCUAUCCGGUAAGGUAGGCCCGUCCACAACUGCCGCUGCCAAGGCGGCCAAGAAAACGUGCAAGAUCACCGACUACGGCGCCAAAGCCGGUGCCACGGGAGACAUUGGCGCGGCGCUCAAGUCGGCCUGGAACGCCUGCAAGACCGGAGGUGAGAUUCUCAUCCCCGAAGGAGAAUGGGGUCUCGGGACUUGGCAGACGCUCUCGGGCGGCUCUGGUGUUUCCAUCAAUCUCGAGGGUACCAUCUAUCGCACUGGCACAGCCGGCGGCCAUAUGAUCAUUGUCCAGAAGUCGACGGACAUCGAAUUCUACAGCGGUAACUCCAAGGGCGCCAUGCAGGGCUACGGAUACGAGUUCCACAAGCAGGGCACCAGCGUCUACGGACCCCGUCUCCUGAGAUUCGUGUCCGUCACCGACUUCAGCGUCCACGAUAUCGCCCUCGUCGAUUCCCCGGCCUUCCAUUUCGUCAUGGACACCGUCACCAAUGGGGAGGUUUACAAUAUGAUUGUCCGAGGGGGAAACCGUGGUGGUCUUGACGGAUUCAACCUGAUGGCCGCCAAGAACGUGCACGUUCACGAUGUUGCUGUCACCAACAAGGACGAGUGUGUCACUGUCAAGAACAAGUCCAGCAACGUGCUCAUCGAGAAUGUCUUUUGCAAUUGGUCUGGCGGUUGCGCCAUUGGUUCCCUUGGCGCCGAUACUGCCAUCUCGGACAUCCACUACCGCAACGUCUACACCUCCAACUCGAACCAAAUGAUGAUGAUCAAGAACAACGGCGGCGACGGCGUCUUCCAAAACGCCAAGUUCGAAAACUUCAUUGGCCACGGCAACGCCUACUCCCUCAAGAUCGACGCCGCCUGGGCCGGCCAGAGCAAGGCUUCGGGCGACGGUGUCGAGUACAAGAACCUAACCUUCUCCAACUGGAAGGGCACCGCAGCCAACGGCGCGUCUCGCGGUCCAGUUGUUGCCCUAUGCGCCGCCGCGGUCCCCUGCGAGAACAUUGACGUCUCAGGGAUCAACAUCUGGACCGAGACCGGGUCGUCCAUCGUCGACAAGUGCAACAAUGCCUUUGGCAAGGGGCACUGCCUCCGCACCGGGUCCGGCACCUAUACCAGCACGGCCACCACCAAGACCGUCACCGGCUACUCGGCGGCCACUAUGCCCGGCCUGGUCACUGCUGGUCUCGGCCUCACUAAGUCCAUCGAUAUUCCGGCGAUUCCUACCACCUUCUACCCUGGUGCCACCCCUCUCAGCGCUUUGGCUGGCUCCGCUUAA